CCACACACGCUCUCUCUCUCUCAGGCUCGUUCUCUCCCUAAAAGCGAAGAUACCUCCGGUUCAUCCCACUUCCCAAAGUCAGUCUCUCACAGUUAUACACAUCAUCCAAUACCACCACCAUGGACUCUUCCUCCUCCUCUAACUGGCUCGCUUUCUCUCUCUCCAACCCCUUAUCUUCCUCCUCACACUUCCCUCUUUUCCCUUCCUUCACCUCUUCUUCCCCUACCCCCACUCUCUCUCUCACAGGUAACCACACCGUCGACGCCCCUGCCGAAGCCAAGGAUGGUGCGGUCGCAGCAGCACCGACCAGCCUCUCCAUGUUCACUGGGGGCCCUAAGUUCGAGGACUUCCUUGGCGGAACUGCUGCCGCCUCAGCCGCCGCCACAACUGCUCCUGCGCCUACGCAGUUCCCUGCCGACAACACGCUGGGCACGGUGGUGGAGAACGAGAUAUAUGAUUCCGAGCUGAAGACGAUAGCCGCCAGCUUCCUUCGUGGCUUCGCUCCCGCAGGAGGGCAAGCCGAGCCGCAACAGAAACAGACGCAGCUGAUUCCGGCUGAGCCGUCCCCGAAGAAGAGCGUCGACACCUUUGGCCAACGCACCUCCAUCUACCGCGGCGUCACACGGCAUAGAUGGACGGGAAGAUACGAGGCUCAUCUAUGGGACAACAGUUGCAGAAGGGAAGGGCAAAGUCGGAAAGGAAGACAAGUGUAUUUGGGUGGCUACGAUAAGGAAGAGAAGGCAGCCAGAGCUUAUGAUCUCGCUGCUCUCAAGUACUGGGGUCCGACCACCACCACCAACUUUCCGAUUUCAAACUACCAGAAGGAACUGGAAGAGAUGAAGAACAUGACAAGGCAGGAGUUUGUUGCUUCUCUUCGAAGGAGGAGUAGUGGAUUCUCGAGAGGCGCCUCAAUAUAUAGAGGAGUGACGAGACAUCACCAGCAUGGCCGAUGGCAGGCAAGAAUAGGCAGAGUCGCCGGAAACAAAGACCUCUACCUUGGCACUUUCAGCACCCAAGAGGAAGCAGCGGAGGCGUACGAUAUAGCGGCCAUAAAGUUCAGAGGAAUAAAUGCGGUGACCAACUUCGACAUGAGCCGUUACGACGUGAAGAGCAUUGCGAAUAGUAGCCUUCCCAUCGGUGGACUCUCCGGCAAGACCAAGAACUCGACGGAUUCUUCUCCGUCCGACCACACCAAGAGCCCCGACGGAGCUCGGUCCGUCGACGACCGAGACCUCUCCUCCGCCAACUCCUCCGUCACUUUCGCAUCCCAACCACCUCCACCACCGCCAUCAAGCUCUAACAAUUCUCUCACAUUCGCCAUACCCAUCAAACAGGACACUUCAGAUCAUCAUUACUGGUCCUCCGUUCUCGCUGGUUACAACAAGAACCCUUCCUUGAUCCAACCAUCUUCUUCCACCAAUGGCUCCGUAACAUCUGUCCUACCCUUCAACGUGGACCUCUCUACCACUACUCCCUCCAGUACGAGCAUGUUUGUUCAGCAGCAGCAACAACAAAGUGGGAAUAAUAAUAAUAAUGGCGGUGAUUCUUCGUCCGGUUCGAGUUCAUUGAUGAUCCCAUUGGCCACGCCCAUUGCUUUAAAUAGUAACCCUAGUUAUGAAAGCUCCUCUGGCUAUGGAAACUGGAGCAUCAUUGGACCUACCCUGCACACCUUCCAAACCCAUGCAAAAACCAGUCUCUUUCAAACCCCAAUUUUUGGCAUGGAAUAAGCUUUCUUUAUAUGUAGCUCCCUCUUUUGCAUGCAGAAAUGAGAAUCUGUGCAUAAUCAUGAAAGGGGAGGACAUUCUCACACACCCACCCCUAUGCCUCUCUGCCAAACAUGAAACGAAUCAUUAUGGGACACAAAUAACGAUUAUUACACUACUGGUGUGUAUAUCUAUAUAUAUAGACUGUGUGAAAGGGAUAAGGUUUUAUGAACUGAUCUGCGCGGGAACGUGGAUAUGAUUAGUUUAUGAAUCUGGGUUUUAAGGUUUAAACAUGCAGAGGCGCGGGAGGAAGGAGAUGAGGAUGAGGAUGAGGAUGAGGUGGGGAAGGGGUGACUGAUAAUUUCACGAGGGCUGACACAGUACUAACAAAGGUGGUCUUGUCAAAGUGUUGGAUUUAGCUUUUGCUUUUUUCUCAUUCUCUCUUGCCUUUUGCUUUUUGGUUCUUAUCAUUCCUUUACUACUGUACUGAUAUGUUUUAUUUGGGUAUAAUAGGAAAGGUAUCCCUUUGUAAUCCUUUCGUUUUGUUGGUGCCCCUACCAACUUUUUCCUUCAUUGUGGAAAAAAAAAAUGAAAAAUAUCUAUCGUCCAUAUUUUCCUCUCAGCGGA